AUGGUUCAACAAGACACAAGCCAACAAAAUCAACAUUUUCCUCCACAAGAAGAUGUGCCAUUAAACUCUUAUCAACAACAACCAGCAGUUGCUGCUGCACCAGCCCCAACUCCAUACCAACAACCAUAUCCACCAGCACCAUCACACCAACAACAAUACCCACCACAACAACAACAACAAGGUUAUCCACCACAACAAGGCUAUCCACCUCAACAGGGUUACCCUCCACAACAAGGCUAUCCUCCACAGCAAGGUUAUCCACCUCAACAAGGCUAUCCACCACAACAAGGUUAUCCUCCACAACAUGCAUACCCACCACAACAAGGUUAUCAACAAGGUUAUCCACCACAACAUCAACAACAAGCGCCACCCAAACAACUAGCCACCAGAGAGUGUUGGCAUUGCCGUGGUGAUGGUAACGAAGAGUGUUUCCACUGUAAAGGUUCAGGAAGAAACCAUGGAAGUAGUUGCUUUUUCUGUAACGGUAAAGGUCGUAAGAAGUGCUUCCACUGCAAAGGAAGAGGUUUCAUAGAGUAUGACCCAAACGCACCAAAUCAAUGUUGCACCAUUUUAUAA